AUGGACCAGUUGGACACAUCAACCACUGUUGACUACGAUUUAGAAAAUUCUUCAAUGACUUAUAUGCCACCAUGUGACUUGACGGACAUAUCUAAAUUCAGUAAACAUUUAUUACCACCAUUCUACAUUGCAAUAUUCAUUAUCAGUUUGCUGGGCAAUGGAUUGGUUCUAUAUAUCCUAUUCAAGUUUGAAAAGAUGAGCACAGUCACUAAUGUAUUCCUCAUCAACCUGGUGGUUUCUGAUCUGAUAUUCACCGUUGGUCUCCCAUUCCAAGCUGUGUACCAUAGCUCGGAGUGGUCCUUUGGCAAAAUGGGAUGCAAGUUGAUGAAUGGUACCUACCACCUUGGUUUCUACAGCUCUGUCCUCUUCCUCACUCUUCUGACUUUUGACCGUUACCUGGCUGUAGUGCAUGCAGUUGCUGCAGAGAAAUGGAGGCAGAGCUGCUAUGCCUACAUUUCAGCCACUAUUGUGUGGUUUGUUUGUUGCCUUACUAGUCUGGAGACCUUCCUCAAUUACGAUAUAGCAGAAGACCUAAUUCAGGGGUUAACCUGCACCUACAUGAGUGACCCUGAACAGAAGAUAAUGGGCAAUUAUUUCCAGUUUGCACUUUUUUUCAUCUUCCCCUUAGUUGUUGUCUUGUACUGCUACAUCAGGAUCUUUUUAAGGGUUCUCUCAACUCGAAUGAGGAGCAAACAAAGGCCUCUGAAGCUGAUAUUUGUCAUUGUGGUUCUGUUCUUUAUGUGCUGGACCCCAUACAAUGUCAUAUUGCUGCUAACAGAAAUUGAUAACAGAGACCCUUGUGAUUACAGUCUUGUCUAUCUGCAGUAUGUCACUCACAGCAUUGCUAAUUUAUACUUCUGUAUCAAUCCGAUGUUCUACACUUUUUUGGGUAGAAAAUUCCAAAAUCAUGUACGCCGCUUGUUGGUGGAUGAGAUCCCGUGCUUAAAGAAUCAUCUGCAUGUCAGUGAAAACAGCAGAUCAUUCUCUAGGUGAAUGC